GUCUGACUGUCGCUGCAGCUGUUCUCGACGGCAGUCUGUGCGGCCCGCUAUCGCCAUGUCGUCGGUGAGCCCCAUCCAGAUUCCCAGUCGCCUCCCGCUGCUGCUCACCCACGAGGGCGUCCUGCUGCCAGGCUCCACUAUGCGCACCAGCGUGGACUCGGCCCGCAACCUGCAGCUGGUGCGGAGCCGUCUGCUCAAGGGCACAUCGUUGCAGAGCACCAUCCUGGGCGUAAUCCCCAACACGCCCGACCCUUCCAGCGACGCGCAGGACCUGCCGCCGCUGCACAGGAUUGGGACGGCUGCGCUGGCAGUUCAGGUUGUAGGCAGUAACUGGCCCAAACCCCACUAUACUUUGCUGAUUACAGGCCUGUGCCGGUUCCAGAUUGUACAGGUCUUGAAAGAGAAGCCAUAUCCUGUUGCUGAAGUAGAACAGUUGGACCGACUCGAGGACUUGCCCAGCACCUGUAAAACGAGGGAGGGACUAGAACUUUCCGAACAGUUUUACAAAUAUGCAGUACAAUUGGUUGAAAUGUUGGACAUGUCUGUCCCUGCUGUUGCUAAAUUGAGACGUCUGUUAGACAGCCUUCCGAGGGAAGCCUUGCCAGACAUUCUGACGUCCAUUAUCCGAACAAGCAACAAAGAGAAGCUCCAGAUUUUAGAUGCUGUGAGUUUAGAGGAGCGAUUCAAGAUGACUAUACCACUACUUGUCAGACAAAUCGAAGGCCUGAAAUUGCUUCAGAAAACUAGAAAACCCAAGCAAGAUGAUGAUAAGCGGGUGAUAGCAAUACGCCCUCUUAGGAGGAUCACACACAUCCCAGGUGCUUUGGAAGAUGAGGCUGAGGAUGAAGAUAAUGAUGACAUUGUCAUGCUGGAGAAAAAAAUCCGAACAUCUAAUAUGCCAGAGCAGGCUCUUAAAGUCUGUGUCAAAGAGAUAAAAAGACUCAAAAAAAUGCCUCAAUCAAUGCCAGAAUAUGCUUUGACUAGAAAUUAUUUGGAACUUAUGGUGGAACUUCCUUGGAACAAAAGUACAACUGAUCGUCUGGAUAUUCGGGCAGCCCGGAUUCUUCUGGAUAACGACCAUUAUGCCAUGGAAAAGUUGAAGAAAAGAGUGCUGGAAUAUUUGGCUGUCAGACAGCUGAAAAACAACCUGAAAGGCCCAAUUCUUUGCUUUGUGGGGCCUCCUGGAGUUGGUAAAACAAGCGUGGGAAGAUCAGUGGCUAAGACCCUAGGUCGAGAGUUCCAUAGGAUUGCACUUGGAGGAGUGUGUGAUCAAUCUGACAUUCGAGGGCACAGGCGCACCUAUGUUGGCAGUAUGCCUGGUCGUAUAAUCAAUGGCUUGAAGACUGUUGGAGUUAACAAUCCAGUGUUCCUAUUAGAUGAAGUUGACAAACUGGGAAAAAGUUUACAGGGUGACCCUGCAGCAGCUCUCCUUGAGGUGUUGGAUCCUGAACAAAACCAUAACUUCACGGAUCAUUAUCUAAAUGUGGCCUUUGACCUUUCUCAAGUUCUUUUUAUAGCUACUGCCAACACCACUGCUACUAUCCCACCUGCUUUGUUAGACAGAAUGGAGAUCAUUCAGGUGCCAGGGUAUACACAAGAGGAAAAGAUCGAGAUUGCCCAUAGGCACUUGAUCCCAAAGCAACUGGAACAACAUGGGCUGACACCUCAGCAGAUUCAGAUCCCUCAGGUUACUACUCUUGACAUCAUCACCAGGUAUACCAGAGAGGCAGGGGUUCGUUCUCUGGAUCGGAAGUUUGGAGCCAUCUGCCGAGCGGUUGCCGUAAAGGUGGCAGAAGGACAGCAUAAAGAAGCUAAGCUGGACCGCUCGGAAGUGACUGAGGGAGAAGGUUGCAGAGAACACAUGUUAGAAGAUGAAAAACCUGAAUCUCUCAAUGACACUGCUGACUUGGCCCUACCACCUGAAAUGCCAAUUUUGAUUGAUUUUCACGCUCUGAAAGAUAUCCUUGGGCCCCCGAUGUAUGAAAUGGAGGUGUCUGAGCGUUUGAGUCAACCAGGAGUGGCAAUAGGUUUGGCGUGGACUCCCUUAGGUGGGGAAAUCAUGUUUGUGGAGGCAAGCCGGAUGGAUGGCGAAGGUCAGUUAACUCUGACUGGCCAGCUUGGGGAUGUCAUGAAGGAGUCUGCCCAUCUCGCUAUUAGUUGGCUCCGCAGCAAUGCAAAGAAAUAUCAUCUGACUAAUGCUUCUGGAAGUUUUGAUCUUCUUGACAACACAGACAUCCAUCUGCACUUCCCAGCUGGAGCUGUCACAAAAGAUGGACCAUCUGCCGGAGUUACCAUAGUAACCUGUCUCGCCUCACUUUUUAGUGGGCGGCUGGUACGUUCAGAUGUAGCCAUGACUGGAGAAAUUACACUGAGAGGUCUUGUUCUUCCAGUGGGUGGGAUUAAAGACAAAGUGCUGGCGGCGCACCGAGCAGGACUGAAGCAGAUCAUCAUCCCUCAGAGGAACGAGAAGGACCUGGAAGAGAUCCCGGGCAACGUGCGGCGGGACCUGAGUUUCGUCCCAGCCGGCUGCCUGGAUGAAGUGCUCAACGCAGCUUUCGAUGGUGGCUUCACUGUCAAGACCAGACCUGGUGGUCUCUUAAAUAGCAAAUUAUAGGCCCCAAUCUCAGCUGCUCAGAAUUUUAAGUUACAAAGUGUUAAAAAGUACUGACAGCAUUAAUUUUAUUCACAGCAGUAGGGGUAAGAAAAAUGUCUCUAAUCUAUGAACAUAACUCACAGUAAUAAUGAACUCAGGUGGCAUGGCUAGUGUUGAUAAACAGUUAUUAGAUGCAGAUUUAAUAAAUUGAUAAAAAU